ACAUACAGCCAUAACCACUGCACAGAAUAAUUUUAAGUCCGAGCAAUCAUAGAAGCGAGUUGUAUGCUAUCAGAAGACGUGUUUAUAUUCUAUCAUAUUGUUGUUAUUUCAAUGGCCGUUGGAUAGAUUAGUAACAGUAAUCAACCGACAGUCGAUCGUGAUAUAGUAUAAAAGAAAUCUAGCCCAUAGCUGAAAAAACCGUCAGCCAAGAUACAAAAAACUUUCGACAUGGUUCUUCAGAAAGCUAUAGAUUAUUACAAUGAUUAUAUUGAUUGUACACAAAAUUUACCUUUGGAUGUGCAACGCCAUGUGACUCAUAUGCGUGAAUGCGAUUUAGAGUACCAAGAAAUGUUAUCUAAGAUACAUGAACUUACCCGAAAUUUUGAUGGAACAGCAUCAUCAUUAAAUCCUGGAAAAUUAACUAAAUUAUUAGUUACUGGCCUAAAUUUAGGAGACAAGAAAGUUCAAACAGUCCAACAAAUAUCUGAUUUAGUUGAUGAUAAAGUAAGGCGUUUAGAAAUAGGUAGGAAGUUUUUAACCUCGGUGAAAGAGUCUGAUGCUCCUAAAUUAAAUUUAAAAGAAAAAUCCGACAGUGGAAGUUGUUCAAAAGAACGUAAUAUACCAAAUGCUACUUCAACUUCUGUUACCAAAGAAUUAAAAAAACGCAAUACUGAUAAUGAUAGUAAUGAAUCUAAUAAUGAAGUAAAAAUUACUAAACGGCCGCGCCGAAAUAGAACAGAUGAACCUGAUUACAAAGAAAUUCCUGAUGAUAUAGUUGCUCUAUCAGUGUUGCAGCAUACUCACACACCAUUACCAAGAGCUACUGCAACUGCACAAAUUCAAUCUCAAGUAUCACUGAAAAAAUCUAAUCAAAAAACUGAUACUAAAACUAAAAAGAAAGGGAAGUAUAAAAAGCAACAAAAAGACAAUUCACCUUCAUUAGAUGAUGAUGAUGAUAUUGCUGUUGAUCCAGAUGAACCAACUUAUUGUUUAUGUGAUCAAAUAUCUUAUGGAGAAAUGAUAUGUUGUGACAAUGAUUUAUGCCCUAUUGAAUGGUUUCAUUUCUCAUGUGUCUCACUUUCAACUAAACCUAAAGGAAAAUGGUUUUGCCCUAAGUGUCGAGGUGAUAGACCUAAUGUAAUGAAACCUAAAGCUCAAUUUCUUAAGGAAUUAGAGAGAUAUAACAAGGAAAAAGAAGAUAAAGCCUAAAAU